AGGCAGGCAGUAGAUGACCUGGAGUAGAAGCAGUCUAGUCACAGGUACAUGACUCUGUGUCCUCAAAACACUCCUCAGACCGAUGCCUGGAGCUUCCUGAGUCACAGUCAGCUACAAUACGUCUGGUUGAAUCAUGUCAGACAUUCUCCUGGAGGAGAUCUUCAUAAAACGUUCCCAGCAGAAGAAGAAGACCUCCCCUCUGAACUUCAAGGAGAGGUUGUUUGUUCUCACGCAGGACAAGAUAUCCUACUAUGAUUAUGAUGUUGACAAAAUGAAAAAGAAAGGUCUGAAGGGUUCAGUGGAUCUUGAAAAGAUCAAGUGUGUGGAAGUGGUCCAGCCCGAGCCCAACUCCCCUAAAGAGCGUCUCUAUCCAUUUCAGAUAAUAUAUGAUGAAGGACCCCUGUAUAUUUUUGCCAAAAAUGAAGAGAUUCAAAAAAAGUGGAUUCACAAACUCAAACAUGUGGUGCGCAUCAACAAGGACUUGAUACAGAAGUUCCACCCCUGUUUCUGGGUAGACGGCAUGUGGCAGUGCUGCCAACAGGAGGUCAAACAGGCCAUGGGCUGCAGGGUGCUGGAGACCAAGAACAGAGGAUUCGUAAAGGGGUCUCGAAGAGAAUCCCGGAAACCUCUUCCCCCGACCCCUGAAGAAGAGAGAGCUACCAGAGCUCUACCUCCUCAGCCUCCUGAGGAGUCUGGCCCCUCUGUGGGCAUGACGGUCAUCGCCGAGUAUGAGUACACACCUAUGAACCCUCAGGACCUGGAGCUCAGGAGCGAUGAGGAGUACACCAUCUUAGAGAUCGCUGAUCAGCACUGGUGGAAGGCCAGAGAUAAAUAUGGAAAGGAGGGAUAUAUUCCAAGUAAUUUUGUGGUGAAAGCCAGAAAUGGACUGGAAGGGUUUGACUGGUAUUGUAAAAACAUGAAUCGCAGCCAAGCAGAGAAGCUACUGAAGACUGAGAACAAAGAUGGAGGCUUUUUAGUGCGAGAUUCAAGCAAGGCUGGAAAAUACACAGUAUCUCUAUUAACCAAGGCUGGAGGGGAUGCUGUAGCUAGCUGCAGACACUAUAAUAUCUGUACUACCCCACAAGCACAGUACUACCUAGCAGAGAAGCACAAUUUCAGCAGCAUUCAAGAACUUAUCAACUAUCACCAGCACAAUGCGGCAGGCAUGGUGAGCAGGCUCAAGUACAUUGUUUCCAAUCAGAAACAGAACGCCCCGUCAACAGCAGGCUUGGGCUAUGGUGUUUGGGAGAUUGAUCCCCGCCACCUGACUUUUAUCAAAGAGCUGGGGAACGGCCAGUUUGGAGUGGUGAAGUAUGGGAAAUGGCAGGGUCAGCAUGACGUGGCCAUCAAGAUGAUUAAAGAGGGCUCCAUGUCAGAGGAUGACUUCAUCGAAGAGGCCAAAGUCAUGAUGAAGCUCCGUCAUGAGAACUUGGUUCAGCUGUAUGGCGUCUGCACAAAACAAAGGCCCAUUUACAUAGUGACUGAGUUCCUCUCUAAUGGCUGCCUGCUGUCAUACCUGCGUGAAGGCCUGAAGCAGCACCCCACAUCCAUCCAGCUCCUGGAGAUGUGUAAGGACGUGACUGAGGGCAUGGCUUAUCUAGAGAACCAGCAGUACAUCCACAGAGACUUGGCUGCCAGAAACUGUUUGGUAGAUACAAAUGGCACAGUUAAAGUGACAGACUUUGGACUAUCAAGGUAUGUCUUAGAUGAUGAGUACACAAGCUCUGCCGGAUCAAAAUUCCCAGUCCGCUGGUCUCCUCCUGAAGUGCUGCUUUACUGUAAAUUCAGCAGCAAGUCAGACAUCUGGGCAUUUGGAGUUUUAAUGUGGGAGGUCUACACUUUGGGCAGGAUGCCUUAUGAACGGCUAAACAACACAGAGAUUGUGGAGCAGGUGUCUAGAGGCCUGCGUCUCUAUCGCCCCCAGUUGGCCAAUGACAGGGUGUACACUAUCAUGACAAGCUGUUGGAUUGAGAAGGCUGAAGAGAGGCCCAACUUCGAGGAGCUUGUGGUGACUAUUCAGGACUUGCUCUACGAUCUCCAAUAAAUCACACGCAAACAGUUCACACCAAUUGAGGAACACACUUCCUUAUAGAAGUCCCUCUUCCGCUCUUGGCAUCCAACUUCAAAGUCCCUGUGUGAUCCCUACUUAUGGAGAAGUCGAAAGAACUGCACGUUCAAAAGCAGGUUCAAAUAACCACACUUUCUCUGAGGAAGCUAUCUGGUUGAACAUGGGAGAACAUCUCAAGAACUUCAGUAAUGUGAACACCUCUGUAGAUAUUGUGAUUUGCAGGAUUAAGCAUGAAACUGUUAAAUGCUGAUAAGAGCAUAUUGAAUACUGUCUGCUAUGAGUAAUGUAAAUGAAUUUAGUCACAUCUGUUAUUAUUAUAAUUAUAAUUAUAAUCAACAUUGUUAUUAUUAUUAUUAUAAUAAAUAUUAUUAGUAGUAAUUUCAUUCCAUGUAGACCCAACCGAAUUAAAUAAAAUGUGCCUUUUGUGUUACUU